AUGAAUUUUGCUGCUAAUGACUUUGUAAAUUAUGUGUGCCAAAUUUUCAUUAAUGUUGAUGCUCCAAAUCUUGAAGAGUUAGAUAUCUGCUUUGAUGCUCUAGUGAGCUUUUCUUUGAAGAACACCAAAUGUCUACGCAAAGCCAAUAUAGAUUUCUUUGAUCUGGAAGAGCUUGAGAACAAUGAUUGUUUCCUUGGCCUAGCUGAUCGCAUAUGUCAGAUUUUCACAGGAAUUUGUGAUGCCAAGUACCUGACAGUUGGAGCUCCACUUUUGGCGGCCCUUGACAUUGGACAUCAACAUCUUCUGCCUACAUUUAAUAAUUUGAACUACUUGGAGCUACAGCUUCGUACGUGUCGCUGUUUGCAAUCACUGGCAACUGUGCUCAAGAUAUCACCACAUUUGGAACAUCUGAAGAUAUUACCGAAUAAGGAACAGAUGUAUGCCAAUGAGAACAACUAUCUUGAUGAUGUCGAUGUGGAUGAGCUUGAACAUGGAUUGGAUGCACCAGAGUCUGUGCCUGUUUGUUUGAUUUCACACCUCAAGACUAUUUGCCUAGGGGAUCUCAAGGGGUGUCCAAAUGACAUGGAAGUCGCGAAGUACUUGGUGAAGCAUGGCCAGGCUUUGAAUAGGGUGACUAUUCAUACUCCCUUCAGUGAAAACAAAGAGAUGAAGUCACAGUCUCCGACUGCCUUAAGGUCGAAAUUUUCAAAGUUCCCAAGGGGCUCCAAGACAUGUGAGAUUGAAUUGAGGAUAAUCACUUGA